CAGUUGUUCGCUAUCGAGGACUCAACUUCGAUGAGCGGGUUGUUCAAGGGCAGUGCGCAGGAUGUGUCGAGACAAGCACCGACUGAUAGGUGAACCGUUAACCAGUCACGCGAGAUGCAAUCAGGCUGAACUACGGUCAACUCUCGGAAGAGCAAGUCCAGCCCAGAGUUAAAUAUGGUGCAGACUUCCAGCACGCAUGUCGGUCUGAGGCUUUGCGGGAUCACGACAGGGUGCUGCUUAGACUCGAAGUUCUUUUCGCUUGUAAUCCACGUCCGGGUCCAUGCAGCUCCGCUGCGAAACGCUUGUUAGCGCGCUUCUUCAGUCAUGGCCCUAAUUCCACGGCAGCCAGCUAUGCAAGACCAAAUUUAUGAGCUCGAACUGGUUGCCGACGAUAAUCUAGCCUGGUACAGGUAUGUGGACACUUGGGACUUUGACAAUCAAAGUACUCGAACGAUGGAAACGCACAGCGCUACGCACAAGUCGGCUUGCUUGGCACCAGGGUCCCAUUCCGCCCAGGAAAUCGAGGCAGAAGCGACUUUACACCUAACUGCUGGCAUUUGGAUGCAGUUGAACAUACUUGAAAGAGACGCUUCGAUGGUUGCCUCCAAGCGGCCGUCCACGCAUGAACGUCAGGUUUCUACAAGAUCAAGGAACUGUCUCCCCGUUGUGCUAUCCGAAAUAGAGAGACUGGAGUGGCUCGUAUCAGAGUUAGCAAGAGAAGGUCCGUCUGGAUACGACAUAAGUCGCCCUUUGUUUCUCGCCGAUUGCAAGACAGUAAUUUUGGAUCUCGAAGACGACUAUCCAAAGUAUGCGCCGGACGAACACUGCAAAGCUUUCGAGCGGGUAAAUAGGUUGAUGUUACAAUAUCACGAUGUCGUCGAUCCGUUCCUUAGUUGCUCGAUCUGCUUGGAGGCAAUUCGAAGUAGCAAGUUUCCAAAACGUGUCACUGCAACUUGUCAACACGCCGUUAGUACAUGCUUCAGCUGCUUGGAGAACUGGAUUGCCGCUUCGUUGGAGGCACGGGGUUUCGCACAGUUGAAGUGUUUGGAGUGCAAUGCAGUCCUGAAUGCAGACGACGUCCGGACGAUUGCCUCGCAAGAAAUCUUCCAGCGGUUCGACGAACUCUCCCUGCGGCAUGCACUGCAUGACAUGCCCGAGUUCUUCUUUUGCUUGAAUCCAAAAUGCAAGUCCGGCCAGCUUCACUACGGAGGUGCAAAACUCGAAUGUCAUGUGUGCAAGAAUCAGAUAUGUGCAAAUCACGGAGUGGCGUGGCAUGAAGGAGAGACGUGUACCGAAUACGACGCAAGGCGGAUCGAAGCCCACAAACAGUACGAGGCCACGGAGUGUCUCAAGGUCAAGAUUGCACGAGAGUGUCCUACUUGCGCAACUCCAAUUGAGAAAAACGGCGGCUGUACUCAUAUGAACUGUUGGAAAUGUGACGCACACUUUUCGUGGGAUGACGCAACAACGUAUCAUCCCAAGGCUUUCAUUUGGGAUCGUGAUCAAGAGAAGCUGAGCGAAAGCUUAACAGAGAAGCGGAAAAAGGUGCUGGUCGUGCGAUGGUUCAAGAAGGCGCUCGCGCGGCGAAGGAAGGCAGUCAAAUCCAAUGAAGUUGAGAUCGCUCCUCCCCAUUCGCUUGAGAACGGCUGCUUUCAUUGAUGCAAUAAGACAUGCUCACAUCCAAGCGAAGAGGUGAUGAGAUACGGAUUAUUUCCAUCAGAUGUAUCCGUUAAAUGAUCCUGUGCUAGGUAGUCUAUCAGCAAUAUAAGAAGC